UCUGGACAAAGCCGUAAAUUGGCCCAGCUAUUGUAUCGGUUUGACUUUGUUGAUGCUUGGAGGGAGGCUAACCCAACCUCUCGAGACUAUUCCCAUUACUCUAGGGCUCAUAAUUGUUAUUCUCGCAUUGACCAUAUAUUUCUUCAUACACAUUCACUCCCUAGACUCCUCACUGCUAAAAUCCUCUCCAUGCCUUGGUCCAACCAUGACCCGAUUUCUAUAACAUUGUCAUCCGGGCUGCUUGGUAGGACUGCUUAUUGUUGGUGCCUUAAUGAAUCUAUUUUGGGUAAUUCUAUUGUCAGGGCAUCUCCUCUCACUUACAAAUG